GCGAUACUGUCAACCUUCGUGUACUGUGUAGUCAGCAGCAACCUGGUGGUGUUGUGGAAAGUUGUGUGUGACAUUCUCCAGACUGUAGAACUGAAGCAAUGGACCAGGAGCCAACUAAGUGGAUAAAAAAAGAGGAAACUGAUGAAGUACAAACUGAGUUCCACUUGAUAGCGCAAGAUUAUCCAUGCAGCAUGAAUGUAAAAGAAGAGUUGGAGGAGGGUGUGAAUAAAGAGUUUCUUGAAGACCCAUUAAAGGCUGGCGACCCUAAUGUUUGCGUAAAGCAAGACCCCGAACUGAAACACCGGGCUGCUGGAUCUGAGCAUAAUUCUGUUGAAGAUCCAUUGGGAAUAUCUUUGUCCACUGAUUUUAUCAAGGAGGAUCCUGAAUUAAAUAUAACAGAGAAUUCUCUGGAAAGUGACAAAUUAGCUGUUGGCUAUGCAUCUGAUUUUUUGAGAGAUCAGUCAGCAGAAUUUACUCAGACUACUGGUGGGAGUUGCAGCAUAUCAUGUGAAGAAACUUGUCACCAUAGACUGGUCCAGGAUGAGUUGGUGAUAGACAUGGAGAAGUCAACACAUGGGUUCAGUACCAAUACAGAAGAUGUGACUAUUGAUAAGGAAUGCUCAGUUGCCACCCAGCAUGACUGUAGUACGAGGGAAAAGGAAUUACAUGUAUAUAGCUGUAAUUUCUGCCAACAGAGCUUUUCUUCAAAAUACAGACUCAUAAUGCAUGUGUUUAUGCACAUUGAUGGAACACAACCACCUUUGUAUGUUUGUAAGUGGUGUGGUGAGGUAUUUCACAGUAAUGUUGGCUUGAAAAAGCAUAUGAGAAUGAGUGAGAAUUGUCGAGUUUUAAUUGCUGACAGUCAUGAAAAAUAUGGACAUAGUGAUGAGCAUCAAACCACUACCUCAUUAGAUAGCGAGGCAGAAGUUUCUGUCACAGAACACAAUGAGCAGUCUUCAUUUAAGGAAACUUGGAAAGAUUCAAAGAAGUCCUCUAAUGACAUAUGUAACACACAUAUGACAAAUGAUAGAGAGAAAACAAGUAAUUAUGGAACUUUGUCUAUAGCUGUUAAUGUCAGUGCCCAGGCUGAUCUACUUACUGCAAACAGAACCGACAGAUGUGGUAUUUGUGGCAAAUUGUUUGCUAGGUCAGGUGAUCUCGAGAAACAUGUUUCCAUUCAUACUGGGAAGAAACCUUACAUGUGUGUGAUUUGUGGGAAAUCUUUUACUAUGUCAAGCCAUCUCAAGGAACACACAUUAAUUCACACUGGAAAUCAACCGCACAAAUGUGAUAUUUGUGGGAAAUCUUUUGCUUUCUCAAGUAAUCUGAAGAUACACAAUGUAAUUCACACUGGAAAUAAACCUUUCAGAUGUGAGAUUUGUGGGAAAUCUUUUGCUAGGGCAUAUCAUCGCAACACACACAUAUUACUUCACACUGGAAAUAAACAUUUCAGAUGUGAGAUUUGUGGGAAAUCUUUUGCUAGGGCAGAUUAUCGCAAGACACACAUAUUACUUCACACUGGAAAUAAACCUCACAAAUGUGAGAUUUGUGGGAAAUCUUUUACUGUAUUAGGCCGUCUUAACAAACACAUAUUGAUUCACACUGGAGAUAAACCUCACAAAUGUGAGAUUUGUGGGAAAUCUUUUGCUGUGUCAGGCUAUCUCAAGAAUCACGUUUUAAUUCACACUGGAAAGAAACCGCACAAAUGUGAGAUUUGUGGGAAAUCUUUUGCUAGGGCAGAUCAUCGCAAGACACACACAUUAUAUCACACUGGAAAUAAACCUCACAAAUGUGAGAUUUGUGGGAAAUCUUUUACUAUAUUAGUCAAUCUUAACAGACAUUCUUUAAUUCACACUGGAGAGAAACCUCACAAAUGUGAGAUUUGUGGGAAAUCUUUUGCUGUGUCAGGCUAUCUCAAGAAUCACGUUUUAAUUCACACUGGAAAUAAAUCGCACAAAUUAUCUCCAACGCAUGCAGCAACUUUCGUGUGUGCAGUUACUCUCAUGGGUGCAAUAAGUCUAGCAUGUGCAGUAACUCUUGUGCAAGCAAUAGCUCUUGUACAUGCAGUAAGUAUUGAGUGUGCAGCAACUGUUAUGCAUGCAGUAACUCUCAUACAUACAGUUACCAUUUUGCAUGCUGCAACUCUUGUGCAUUCAGAACGUUCAGCAAUUCUAGCUCGUGUAGCAACCAUAGCGUGUGCAGGAGCUGUUGUAUGCACAGUAGCUCUAGUGCAGACUAAUGUGUGUGCAGUAACUGUGGAGCUUGCAUUAACUGCUUUGCAUGCUGUAAUGCAGGAAGAAACAGAUGGAGAGAAAGAAGAGUAG